UUCCCUAGUGGAGCCGAGUUGUUGAAUUUAUUGAACAUGUUUAAGUAACUACUUUAUUAAGUCUGCCGUACUAUUCACAUUAAAUUGCAGUUACUACGACCUAGUAAAGAGUCUGUGCGGCAGUAAGUCGCAGUGUUGAUAAAGAUUUGAAGACCAUGUUGUUCACAUAGUGAAGAAAGCAGAGCAGCAUCAUGGAGCUUUCUUCAAAGGAGGGGAAAACUCAAACUUCUCAUGCAGCUCCUCAUGCUGUCGACAUGACCACCAGCGAGAAGGUGGUGGAUCUUCUGAAUCAGGCUGCCCUGAUAUCCACAGAUGAGAAGCUUACCGUGCUCAAACAGGUCCAGGAGCUCAUCAUUAACAAGGAUCCAUCUCUUCUUGACAAUUUCUUGGAUGAGAUGAUCGCCUUUCAGACUGACAAGUCUAUCGAAGUGAGAAAAAUUGUCAUUGGCUUCAUAGAGGAAGCGUGUAAAAGGGACAAUGAGCUCCUCCUCAGACUGAUCGCCAAUCUGAACAUGUUGCUGAAGGAUGAAAGUGUGAAUGUGGUGAAGAAAGCCAUCCUCACACUCACACAGCUGUACAAAGUGUCUCUGCAGUGGCUGGUGCGCUCCAAAGCAGUGUCAGAGAGGCAGGAGGCAUGCUGGGAUCUGGUCACACAGAUGAAGGGGGAUGUUCUGGCCCUGUUGGACUCUGAAAAUGAUGGCGUUCGCACUCACGCCAUAAAGUUCACAGAAUCAUUGAUUAUUACUCUGUCACCGCGAACGAUAGACUCAGACGUUCCCAAGCGACAGGAGGGUGACAUCAGCCUGGACAAAGUUCCCAGAGAUCACUCGUACAUUCGCUACGAUGUUUUAUGUGAGGAGGGAAAAACUGCGCUGGAGAAGCUGCUGAAGUUCAUGGGCCAUCCGGCCAUUUCCAGCAUUAACCUCACCACAACACUGGGCUCCCUGGCCACUAUCGCCCGUCAGAGGCCAAUGUUCAUGUCAGAGGUGGUGCAGGCGUAUGAGACACUACAUGCAAACCUGCCGCCCACUCUGGCCAAGUCUCAGGUCAGCAGCGUGCGAAAGAAUCUGAAGCUGCACUUGGUGGCGGUGCUGAAGCAUCCCUGCAGCCUGGAGUUCCAGGGUCAAAUUAGCACUUUGCUGCUGGAUCUAGGGAUGCCGCAGAGUGAGAUAACCCGCUCUACACCUGCACCGCGCGAGCAGCGCAAAAGGUCUCGCCAUGAAGACUACACUGAAGGAAAAAAGAUCAAGAUGGAGCCAACCCUGAUAGAGGAUGAUGAGGACAAAGAGGAGCCCGCCCCUCUCUCAGUUCCUAAACCAGCUGCCGUUCCAGUAGCACAGUCUGCCAUCGACCUCACAGCUGAGUUCCUGCACCCGCUGCUCACCUCUGAGAAUGUAGCCAACCUGGUGCUCAUCAGCAUGGUGUAUCUGCCCGAUGUGAUGCCGGCAUCAUUCCAGGCCACAUACACACCUGUCGAGUCAGCAGGCACUGACGCCCAAAUUAAACAUCUGGCCAGGCUGAUGGCCACGCAGAUGACAGCAGCUGGGAUUGGUCCAGGACUUGAGCAGUGCAAAGCCAGAGAAGAUGAUGCAGGCAAAGACGAAGGCAAUGAGGGAGACUCUGGUACUAAAGACCUGCUCAUCAAGCGCAAAGUUCCGGCUGUGAUGGUGGGACAGGCGAUUUCUGUGGUGGGAGGGUACGCAGAAAAGGCUCAAAGCCCAGAGGCUCCCACCACAGUCAAGAGGCUUCCUGAACCAAUCCUUCCCACGACACAAACCAAGUUGGCAGGUGCAGGUGGAAGAAAAAAAGUGUUUCGAUUGUCAGAUGUCAUCCAGCCUUUAUCAGAAACCCAGAUUGAAAAGUUAACCUCCAGGGCAGUUAAACGCAUCCUGCAUUCAGAGAAGGCCAUCGCUCAAAGUGGCAUGUCUCAUGUCAGAGUGAAGCUGCUCUCCAAGCUUGUGACGCAGUUUGAUGGGAUGAUGAAAGAAGACGUGCUAGAAUUUAUUCUGGGCGACAUCAGGACAAGGAGUGAACUGGCCUUUUCCCUCCUCUACCAAGAGUACAACAAUUACCUCAGCCAGCUGCCGACUGGACUGCUGGACAGCUACGACCACUGUCUCUACACUCUGCUGUCUGGCCUGCAGGAGAAGCCGGAACAGAGGGACGGACUUUUCACCAAGCUGGUCCUGGAGGCUCCUAUUAUCACAGAAUCUGCGUUGGAAGUAAUCCGACGUUACUGUGAGGACGAGUCUCGGGUUUAUCUGGGCAUGACGACACUGAAGGAGCUCAUCGUCAAACGGCCCUCGAGGCAGUUUCAGUAUCUGCAUGUACUUCUGGAUCUCAGCUCGCACGAGAAAGAGAAGGUGCGGACCACUGCCUUGGCUUUUCUCAAGCGUAUGUAUGAGAAAGAGCAGCUCAGGGACUACAUUGAGAAGUUUGCCCUGAACUACAUGCAGCUUCUGGUCCACCCCAACCCUCCAUCUGUGCUCUUUGGGGCUGACAAAGACACAGAGGUGGCUGCCCCUUGGACCGAAGAGACAGUGAGACACUGUCUGUUCCUCUACCUGUCCCUGCUGCCUCUAAACCACCGGCUGGUCCACGAGCUGGCGUCUGUAUACACAGAGGCCAUUGCUGACAUCAAGCGCAGCGUGCUCCGGGCAAUAGAGCAGCCCAUCCGUGGAAUGGGGAUGAACUCUCCGGAGCUCCUGCUCUUGGUGGAAAACUGUCCUAAAGGGGCAGAGACUUUAGUUACCCGCUGUCUGCACAUUUUGACAGAUAAAGUGCCUCCUUCUCCAGAGCUGGUGGAGAGAGUGCGAGACCUUUACCACAAACGAGUGCCGGAUGUUCGUUUCCUAAUUCCAGUCAUAAAUGGCCUAGAGAAGAAUGAAGUCAUCCAGGCUCUCCCCAAACUGAUCAAACUCAACCCGGUUGUGGUGAAGGAGGUGUUCAACCGUCUUUUGGGCACUCAGCACAGUGAGGGAAGUUCAUCUGUGUCGCCUCUCACCCCAGGAGACCUGCUGAUCUCCCUGCACAACAUCGACUCAACCAAAUGUGAUAUGAAGUCGAUCAUUAAAGCUACCAACUUGUGUUUCGGGGAAAAGAACGUGUACACGUCGGAGGUUCUGGCGGUGGUGAUGCAGCAGCUGAUGGAGCAGAGUCCCCUCCCCAUGCUGCUCAUGCGUACCGUCAUCCAGUCCCUUUCCAUGUAUCCACGACUGGGAGGCUUCGUCAUGAACAUCCUGUCCCGCCUCAUCGUCAAGCAGGUGUGGAAGUAUCCCAAAGUGUGGGAGGGAUUUGUGAAGUGCUGCCAGCGGACGAAGCCUCAGUCGUACAGCGUGCUGCUGCAGCUGCCGCCGGCACAGCUGACGAGCGUGUUUGAACGCUGUCCGGAGAUGAGAGAGCCGCUUCUACAGCAUGUCCUCUCUUUCACACCUCAUCAGCAAGCUCACAUACCUGCCUCCAUCAUGUCGGUGCUGGAGGCAAAUAAAAAACCAGAACCAGAGCCAGAACCCAUGGAGCCGGUCAUGGAGAGAGAGGUGGAACCAGUUCCUGCUCCAGUUGAAGAGGAGCCUCCAGCCCUGGUGCAGGAAGAGUCAGAGCCGUCAGAGAUGCUAGUCCAACAGCACUCAGCCGUCAUGAAAGAUGAGGAAGAACAAAUGGAGCAAGAGGCGUCUGGACCAGUGAUGCAUGAGGAAACUGAUGGCACGGUUCCCCAGGAGGAGCCGACAAGGGCAGAGGAGAAGGCAUCACCACAACAAGAACCUGCUGAGGAGCCGAUGGAGGCGUCUCAGCCCGAACCCUCAGACCUCCAGGAGCCUGUCAAAGAUGCUGAAGCUGACAUCACAGCGGCCGAGGCUGAGGACAGCAGCGAAGUGGCAGAGUGACGACUCACAAAAAAAGCACUCAAAAUAAACAGACUUUUCUCUUUUUUCCAAAUAUCCCAGAUUUUUCAGGAUUUCAUGUCAAUAAAAAGCUCUUUGUUUUUUUUUUUUUUUUGUAUUUGUAGAAAAAGAUUUUGAGAGGAAAGAAAAAUCACGAUAAC